UGCCGAACAUCAGUAUUCGUGUGCAUAUCGAAGUGUUUAGAUCUUGUGAUCAAUCAGUGAACCCUAAAAGGACUACCAGCCGAAUCGAAAGCCGAAAGCAAAAUGGCCCGUACAAAACAAACAGCCCGUAAAUCAACCGGAGGAAAGGCUCCGCGCAAACAGCUGGCCACCAAGGCAGCCCGCAAAAGUGCCCCGUCCACCGGAGGAGUGAAGAAACCCCAUCGCUACCGUCCGGGAACGGUCGCCCUUCGUGAAAUUCGCCGUUACCAGAAGUCGACGGAGCUGCUGAUCCGCAAGUUGCCGUUCCAGCGUUUGGUGCGUGAAAUUGCGCAGGAUUUCAAAACGGAUUUGCGUUUCCAAAGCGCUGCGGUUGCAGCCCUGCAGGAAGCCAGCGAAGCCUAUCUGGUCGGCCUGUUCGAGGACACCAAUCUUUGCGCGAUCCAUGCCAAGCGCGUCACCAUCAUGCCGAAGGAUAUUCAGCUGGCCCGACGCAUUCGAGGCGAACGUGCCUAAGGAGGAUUAGAGGAUCCAAACCAAGGACGAGAAUGGAUGUGUGUAUGCGCGAGCGAGUGACAAGUUGUGUUUUUAGAUUUGUAAAACCGAACGAAAUGGAAUAAAACCAAAUGGACCAGCCAUAAUGUGCGAUUUUUGUCUGGAAGAGAGGCGUCUUUUUUUCGAGGGGUGAAAAACGGUUAAACGUCCAUGGCAAUUAGAAAUAAGCGUAUGUGUGUGUAAUUCUUAUGGAACUACGCGUCAUUUCGAGAUGCGAAUGUAUUUUAUGUAUGAGAUAAAAAUGCAGUUGAAUUCUUAACAAUGAAUAAAA